UGCCUCAGGGUGUAUGUGACACGAGCGAUGGCAAAGUUCUGCUUCAUAAACAUUAGCUACACUGUGUAUUAUAUAAGGAAGACAACUACGGCAAUUGAACCUUUGGCAAGAGAAGACAUGUAUCUGUUACACCUACAUGUCAACAGCCAAUUAAAAUCCACACACAAAGCACAUGACCUACCCCAAAACACUAUGGUUUUAGGGAUGCAGUCAGACACAACAACAGAAACUAGUUAGCAUUGUCUCUAUCAGGAACCUGAACACUGACUAGCUGCUUACUGGGAACUUUGAGCAUGUGCUUCCUUUUCAUUGAUUUUUUUUGCUACAAAACUUUAUCAGACCAACUGCAGGAAUAAGGAUAAAAUUAGAUAUUAUAUGAAUGGAAUAAGAAUCUAACCUGCAUUAAGGCAUGGCUACUAAAAGUGGAGAGUGUUCAGUGAGCCAUAAGUUUUCCCCUGAGAGCUUUGAGAACAAGCAUGAGAGGAGGCUAGAACUUCAUGAAAUCUUGAGAAGCCGCUACAAUAUUACAUCCUGUCGCCAGGAUAAUCCCAGCUGGGGCAGAGAGCAGGAGAGGCAUUCUCCACGCGAACAGGAGUUCUUCAGGAGAAGACACCUUUGGAUUGAAGAAUCGGGAGAGAAACGAAUUAGGUCACCAACCAAGUCAAACCGAUAUAUAAAAUAUUCAUUGGUGAAACAAAAUUCAAGUAAAGCCUUUCUGAACAAAGACCUAGAGCCAUUGUCAGGGAAUGAGUUAUCUUGGCAUCAUAACCGCUCCAAGAGCUAUCCAUUUGACUGUAGAAAUGCAAAAAAAGACAUCUAUAUAGACCUGUUACAUGCUAGAACCAACAGGAAUGAUGUACCCAAGAGUGACAAAGGUGUUCAAACAGUCCAGGAAGUGCCAGUGAUCUGUCUGAAGAGGGACACCAGCCAGCAAACUGAUUGUGCCACAGCUGUUUUGAAUGGCGAGUUGCUCCAGCUUUCUGAAUACCUCAUGGAAGCACUUCAGAGGGAGCGGAAACUGAAGAAGAAACUGUGCGUCUUGCAGGAGCUUCUCAAUGUGCUUGUACAAACCUCAGAGAAGUCAUGGAAGGCCCAGCUGAAUGAAGACCAUUUAAAGUGUAAAGUGGCAAAUCUUGAAAAUCAGAUGUUCUUCUAUAGUCAGAACUUUCCAAAGACAAGUGUGAAAAAAGUCUUGCUGGAGAUGGAGGAACAUAAACAAAGAUAUCAGGAAAAAGCCAAAGAAUCUCUCCAGAAAUUAACAGAUGAUAAAAUAACAACUGAGAGACAUUUACAGAAUACUCAGAUGUCUCUAGUGGUCUCACUGGAUGAGUGUAAACUGUGGAAAGAAGAAUAUGAAAACCUGAAAGGAGAGUGGACUGACCUGUGCAACAAGCACUGUGAGCUAAAGAAUGAGAUGAAUGUACUUCAGAGCAAACUCCAGUGGGUUGAAACUCAAGAUUCACAAUGUCAGCAACUUCAGAACCGCCUACAAAGCUUGGAGAAAGAGAAAAUUGAACUGCAGGCCUGGAACGAGCAGCUUCAGGAGGACAUGGAGCUACAGAAAGAGCAGCAGGCUUCUUUACAAGUUAGAUUGAGGAGUGCGGAGGAGCAAAAACUAAAGCUGCGGUCACAAAUUAAUGCAUUACAAGCUGAGCUUGCAGCAUUGGAGCACAAACGUUUGUCAGAUAUUACCAAAGACACAACAUUACAGGUGUGUGACACAGAUAAACUGCUGCAGAGUGACCAGCUCCAAGUUGUUACGGACCAACUAAUAUCAAAGGAAAAGGAGUGUGAAGGUCUGAAGACUGAAGUUGAGCUGAUAACUGAAGAAUAUAAUUUGUGUCAGACAAAAUUGCAGCAGUGUCGGAAUGAGUUGAAGGGAACUCAUAAAUGGAAACUAAAGAAACGUUGCUGUUGCUGGGCGCCAGUCUUCAUACUGAUGUUUGCUGUAGUGUUCGCCUUCUAUGUCACCUCCCACGUGGAUCGUUAUCUAUACUGAAACUUCAUACUACCUCAACUUUAUUGAUUGAAAUAGUUUAUACAGAAACUUGUUUUCUUACUGAAGUUACUAGUGUCAUUUAAAUAUAUUUUUCAAAAGAA